UGGAUUGAAUUUGGAAACCCAAUAGACUGGUUAGUUAAUUAGUCAUUGUUGAAUCAGGUUUAUAUAAACCAGUGAAAUUGGAAUUUACCAUCAACUAAUCAUAUCGUAAGUACAAAUUAAUUAAAGAUGCAUAAACAUAUGGCUAGAAUUUUAAUCCAAGGAGUUAUCUUCCUUGUGAUUGCUUCAAUGGUUGCAGGGUCAAGAAGCAAGGCCAGAACCAAAAGAAGCAUCUUGGUUGGAGACUCUGAAGGUUGGCGUGCAGGCACUAACUACACUCAAUGGGCCAUCAAAAAUAGCCCCUUCCAAAUAAAUGACACAUUGGUGUUCAAGUAUCCCCCUACAGGAAAUUCCACGGUUGUUCCCAGCGUUUACUUGCUACCGAAUAUGUGGAGUUACACGACGUGUGAAUUUAGAGGAGCAAAGUUGCUUGGUAGUGCUGAUCAAGGUGGUGGUGAGGGGAUAAAGAUUGAGCUGAAUCAAUUGAAGCCUUAUUACUUUGCCUCUGAUGAAGGCAAUGCCUAUGACUGUAUUGCUGGACUCACCAAGUUCAUUGCUGUUCCAUCUACACGUUCCUUUUAAUUUAACCCUCAUGGCCCAAUUGAAUCAAGUUAUUUCCUUUUAAGGUAGUUGAAUUCAAAAUAUAAAUAAAAUGGAUGGUUUCCAUCUGUUUUUUCUUUCCUGGAGUAUCGAAAGAAAAAAAAUUAUGUUUUUUAUUGUGGUUUGUGCUACCUAGAUAAAUACGAUGAUGUAUUUUUGUCUCUGUUACUACUAAAAUAAAACUGCAGUGGGUAUUUUAUGGAUGUUGAUUUUGUAAA